CGUCCCCGCCAGUGAGUGUGAGGUCGCUUUAAGAGAUAUCCCAGCUCCUAUCAGGGAUCCCGGCAGGAUGCCUCAUGUCUCCUCCUCGACCAAAAACUGUUGUGUCUCACUUGAUGCAAAGCGGAGCGUCAGGUCCCAGAGGAGGGAAUAUUUCGGCAGAAAAUGAAGACUGCUGUUGAAGAUUAAGUAUGAUGACGGAAAGCUGUAAAAAUGAAAAUAUAAUUCAUGAAGUCAUUACAGCUGGUGUGACCAAACAAAUUAUUUUAAUUAGUUCCCAGCAUUUGAAGUGAGGAAGGAAAAACCAUCAUGGAGCUGCAGCACAACAGCAAUCACAACCACGCCCUGUGGAAAGAGAUACCGUGGGAUUCCGCAGAUGACUGCUCACUCUCAGUGACUGGCACCACUUUUCUCAUCGUUGCUUACAGUGCAGUUCUGGCAGUAGGUCUCAUUGGGAACUCAUGUCUGGUGUUUGUCAUCACACGGUACAAGGAGAUGCGCAACGUGACCAACAUCUUUAUUGUCAACCUUUCUUGUUCUGACAUCCUCAUGUGCAUCUUCUGCCUGCCGCUCACCAUUAUCUACACUCUGAUGGACCGUUGGAUCCUAGGAGACACCCUCUGUAAGCUCACGCCCUUCAUCCAAUGUAUAUCAGUUACUGUUUCCAUCUUUUCUCUCGUCCUCAUCGCCAUGGAGCGCUACCAACUCAUUGUCCACCCGACUGGAUGGAAGCCUGUGGUGAGCCAGUCCUACCUGGCCGUGGCUGUCACCUGGAUUGUUGCCUGCCUCAUCUCAGUGCCUUUCCUCUCAUACAGCGUACUCGCCCUGCCUUUCCAGAACCUGAGCAUCCCCUUUCUAGUCGGUGAUCACCUUGUUUGUAUGGAGCGGUGGCCAUCGCUUCAAGAACGGAGAGCUUACACCACUUCCCUGCUCAUCUUCCAGUACUUCCUUCCUCUCAUCCUCAUCAUAUUCUGCUACCUUCACAUCUACCUGCGCCUAAGGAGGAGGAAGGACAUGGUGGAGCGUGGCAGGAACACCACAAAGAAGAAAAAUAAGGGCUCCACGAGGAUCAAUGCCAUGUUAAUAUCCAUAGUGGUGGCAUUCACCGUCUCUUGGCUCCCCCUCAACAUCUUCAACACCGUGUUCGACUGGAACCACGAGGCCAUCCCGUCCUGUAGCCAUGACGCCAUCUUCUCAUUCUGCCACCUCAUGGCCAUGGCCUCCACCUGCAUCAGCCCCAUCAUCUAUGGUUUCCUCAACAGCAAUUUCCAGAAACACCUCAAAUCAACCCUGUUGCACUGUCGCUUCUGGGGGGUGGCAGAGCGGUACGAGAGUGUCCCACUCUCCACUGUGAGCACCGAGGUCACCAAGGGGUCAAUCUUGAGCAAUGGAUCCAUCAGCAUCAAUUCUUAAUUCCAAGCCCUUUCAGUAAAAGACAAAGAACUACUGGGGCCUCCCCAGGCCUCAUUGUGUCAUCCUCUGACGCUUUUCUAGCUUCAAUGCGUGCAAAGGCAAGGUUGACAUUUACAAAGUUAUAAAGCUCACAAUAGCAGUCAGGAGGAAGCAGACUGAAGACACUUAGCCAACAUGGCCCAGUGCCCAUGAUUAAGUAUGAGUACUCAUGUAAGAGGGAGUAGAUAACAAUAUGAUGGUGCAAAGGUUGGAAAAGUUUUAAUACUGUUGUGCAACUUAAGACACUUUACAUGAGCACUUUUGCUACUGUAGUCUGUGUAGUCCAUUUCCCAUGUGCUGUAGGCACAUACAAAUGAAGACAAAGCAUUUAAUCUGGUAUAACCCGUGUUUUUUCAAGUACUCUGAUUUGCUGAAAAGUAAUGUUUCAGUGAAUAUCAGCUGUUUUGUUGGCCUCUUACACUUUCACUGCUGUAAAUGUGAACAGUAGAACCACCUGAGUAUUGGAAACACAAAGGGUUUGUGGUUGUUCAUUAAAAUGUUUCUGUUUUCUGUUAAUAGUAAUGAUGAAAAUAUUAAGGGAUCGUGAAGUGUUGUGUCAGAGAUUAUCAACAGAAUAGCUUAUUACACUAUUACAACUGAAGGAGAGGACAUUAGUGCACUAAAUGUGGCUCCAGACAUUCAUUUAGCUGAAUUACUUGUAUCAUCUUAAUGCAUUUCUUAUUAACUAAAAUCACCGCAAACUAUGUAAUAAUCUUUUUCUAAAGAACCUUUGCAAGAGCUAUAGUACAUGUUUCUGCUGUCUGCCAAGGUUGGCGUUCCAGUUUACUCUGUGUGUGUGGGAUGGUUUUCAUCAUAAAAGGUUCCAGCAACCUUAUAUCAAGUGCCAUAAAACAAAAUAAAAUGGCAGUGAGGGACUUUGUCAGCGCAGGGUUCUUCUGCUGUAUAUAAUGUUACUAAAUAAAUGUAUGGCCUGUAACAUAUGUGACACAGUUAUAGUUUAUGGUUUGGUCGGCAAUAAAAAGCACUGUGUAGCAUAGCAGAUAUCUCCUAGGAAACCUGUUGUAACUUGUCUUUGUGGUACUGAACUGAAUUUAAAGGUUUACUAUAUCUAUAUCUGUAAUUAUAAUGUCUAUGUUGUAGUAUUUAGUUUAGAUGAAUCAAAGUAUUUUCUAUUCGUUCUUUAAUUGUUGUUCUGCAUUUUUUAAUCUUUCAUAUCUUUUGGCAAACAUCCCGUCCACCUUAUUUUCAAAGUGUGUUAAACCAGAAUUGAUUUUUUUUGUUGUCACCUUGUAGGUCAGGUAGUCUCAUUCUUAGCUUUGAACCGAUAAAUGAUUGGUCCUAAGUUUCCCAUUAAAGACAAAAUGGUAAACAGAGAACAGACUGCACCAUGUCCACAGUGGGAAGCAGUGUGGAAGACGGGAUCCAGAGUCCACAGAGAUUAUACAUGUAGCCCUGAUGUGUUUAAACACAAGCUAAUCGACACUUGAAAUGACAAUGUUUAGUAUGGGAUGUACAAUAAAAAUUACUUCUAAAAAACAUUA